UGUUUUCUCAUAUCUGCUCUCUUAUCCUGCCCUGCUCCCAAAAACUCCAGCCCAGUUUAAGUGAUUGAUGGAGUGGAGGAAGGAGACUUUCAUUCGAUAGAGAGGGGGGUGGGGGGCAGCUGCCAGCAACAGAGUUGCAAUAAAGAAAAACGCCCGAGGGAGACUGAAACAGACGGAGACCGGCGGAGACGGGCGACGGAGAGGAGAACCGGGGAAGGCUGCUUCAGGUGACCGAGCCGCGAUGGAGGCGCGCGGCGUGUGUGAGGGCUGGUGAGCGCCGCGCGCGUUGAGCUGGAUUACAAAGUGAGCAGCCGUCUGAACUGACCGGGGGCCGCCUUCGUCCGCUUCACUUGACGGAUUAUCUCAGAACCAUGAACGUGUCGCCUCCGGACCGCAGGAAAAACAUGCGCGAACUGGCUCUGGAGAUCGGCAUCCGAGUUCUGCUUUUCGGAGUUUUUGUAUUCACAGAGUUUCUGGAGCCCUUCGAGAGAGUAAUUCAACCGGAGGAGCUGUGGCUCUACAAGAAUCCCCUCGUUGAGUCAGACCACAUUCCCAAGAGAGUCAUGCUCGCGAUUUCAUUCCUUACACCGUUGGCGGUGAUAUUUGUGGUGAAGAUCAUUCAAAGGACGGACAAGACAGAGAUCAAAGAGGCAUGUUUAGCUGUGUCCCUGGCUCUCGCCCUGAAUGGAGUCUUCACAAAUACUAUCAAGCUGAUUGUUGGCAGACCCAGACCCGAUUAUUUCCAGCGCUGUUUCCCCGAUGGACAAAUAAAUGCGAAGAUGCUGUGCACCGGGGAGCCGGAUCUGGUCUCCGAGGGACGCAAGAGCUUCCCCAGCAGUCAUUCCUCCUUUGCAUUCUCCGGUCUUGGCUUCACAUCCUUCUACCUGGCGGGCAAGCUGCAGUGUUUUACAGAUCAGGGUCGAGGGCGUAGCUGGCGUCUCUGCGCCAUGGUGCUGCCUCUCUACAGCGCUAUGAUGAUUGCAUUGUCCCGGACCUGCGACUACAAGCACCACUGGCAAGACGCCUUUGUUGGAGGAGUGAUCGGGUUGCUGUUUGCGUACAUCUGCUAUCGCCAGCACUACCCACCCUUUCUGCACAUGGACUGCCACCUGCCUUAUGCCAGUCUGACUGCUGCCGCCCACACGCCCCCGCAUCCCCAGGACGACCCACAGCCCACUGACAAUGCCACCACCCUUCCCCUGGAGGGCUUGACUGAAGGGCCAGUAUGACUAGUGGCCACCACCGAGACUUCCGCCAACACCCUGACCAAGCCCCCGAGCCCACCGCCCCAUUCCCAGUGACUGACUGGCACUUGUAUACAUUCCAGCGGACGGUGACGCACCUUCUCCGUCUCCAUGCUGUCAGACCCCUGUCUCGGUGACACCUACAUUCUUUUGUGUUUAUUUUUUUUAUAUCUGGUUCUUGCUCAGCAGACGUGAAAGUCUAUAUUUAGAUGUGAUGUAUGAGAGGAACCUACGAAUAUGGGACAUCGCCGCUGAGAGGGAAGAGAGAAAAACAUGCUGAAAACCUGAGGAAACAAGGCUUACUAAUGGGUGUGAAGGAAGAUGAAAAUAUUGCCAGUUUUUGCUGCAUUUUUCUGCUUAAUGAGAAAUGUGGUUGGCAGGUUGUUUAAUGCUGGUGUGUAUUUAAGUAGUGAACUUAGUGGUGUAUUUAACGUUUGGCUGCUAAAGGAUUGGGACAGCAAGUUGGGGGAGACCCCGAGAAAUCCCAUGAAAUGUCACAGCAAUUAAACCAUGAAAUCAAACCAGUUAAACUACUAGAACACUGUAUAUUUCGGACUGGGAUUGGACAACAACUAGUGCCAGACACACAGCAACAUUAUGUGUGUUUGAGUUAGGCUUUCAGAUGCACUAAUGUGUUGCUUUAAAACUCAAGGACUUGGGGCACUGCUCUAGAUUCACAUCUGCUCGUUUCUAAUGUUUGGUUGUCCAUGGCGACAAAAUGAUGCAUUUAGAGCCAAUGCACUCUUGAGAAAAGCACUGGUCCGUGCCAAUGAUAAUAUUAAAUGUUCCCCUACCCCACUCUUUUACAUUCACUCAUGUUUUUUGUAUUCAAUCUCUCCCCACUUUCUUGGGUUUAUAUCAUUUUCCAGUGCAAUCCUGCAUAUAUCACGCUUCCCCUAUUCCUCUUCCUCUCCUUGUUACCAUCUUACUUUUUCUCCCCCACAAGCCCUGCAUUUAACCGCACAGGGACAGGAACCCAAAUUGUAGCUCAGUGUGUGCAAUCAAUAACAGGCAGGUGGGAAUGUCGUGGCGGAAGUGUGUCUGGACAGGCACAAACUCUAAUCUGAUCCUGCAUUAAUCCUCAUUAAGGAAGGUCAGCCACCGCUGCUUAUGAGCACAUUAGGGCGAUAUGAGGUGCCCCACGGACUGCCCGAGCAUUGCAAAUGGCUUUCAGCCGCACUGUAGCCCCACAAAUAGACAAUCUAACAGUCAGGAGACAACAGGCCUGAACUCGGGGUAGCGAUUUUGAUGUAUUAUAAAUCCAUUAAUGUUCCAUUAUUUUAAACAAGGAAUGCACCAAAGAUUUGUAGCUUUUUUUUUCAGCUUGGGUUGCAUGUGCCGUGUUAUGCUUUAUAAACAGGGAUGACCCACAGCCAGAUCACUGGGUCCCUAUCAUCAACAAAGCAAUUUGUAGCCUCUUACAAGUUUCAUUAGAAAUUGUGGAUAAUUCUGUUGCCUUGGUUACUGUAUCUUUCUUUUUUGCCAUUGCUGUGACAUUAAUGGGAAGGUGCAAUCUCACUUUACCUUAUUUGUGCAGAAAAAUGACAGGUGAAAAACACAUCAUGCAGCGUGAUGUGAAAUGAGCAGCAAGCCAAAUGCAGAAGGUUAUUUUGUAUUUUUAUUAUCUUGUCGGUAUGUUAGUCGAGCCUGUUUGUGCAUUCGUCCGUCUCCACUGACAAAAAGACCACAUGUUUUUGGGCAGAAAGCAACGGUUGACACAGCCGCACCCUCAGCUGCUGUUUGCCUGAUUAUGGACACCAUUAGGUUUCUUACAAACGGACGGCUUCUUCAAAAUUCUCUUGAACAUAAUUUCCCCAAAUCAGCCACAAUUAAGCCUCUAUCACUAAUGCAACACAUUGGCAGCUUCUUAAAACUGUGUGCGUGCGUGCAGGUUUUGACAAGGCCUAUCCCACUCUGAUGCAAUACAAAAUGAAACUUUGCGAAGGACGAGUCUUUCACCAGAGGGGAGGAGGUGCUCGACGCUGCAUGUCAGACUCUGUGGCGGACUGAACGAGACUCUGAGAGCCUGGACAUCUGUGACUGCAAGAUUUUGACAUCUUGAGGCAGAUUUGAAGAUUAAGUGAUUGUGACACUAAUUCAUUAUGUUCUAUAGACCUGCAUUGGCCUGACUUGGCAGCCUGAUGUUUAUACUUUGUCAUUUCGUUUUUCUUCAUUCGACGGUUCAGUGUAUAUUGGAAAAAAGAAGUUGUUCAGAAGUUAUGUCUGUAAAAGUAUUUUCGCUUUGAUCAACAAAGGAUUAUUUUCCCACUUUCCUUCAAACCAUUCCCUGAUUAGUUUUCAUUUGGUGCUAUAGAUAGUUUUGUAGCAGUAGGUGUCACUUUUUUCAAACGGUGGAUGUGUCAUUUUGAAAUGAAAGUUCAAUAAUUUUCUACAGAGAAAGAAAAAAAAUGACUAGAAUACAUACGUCUUUAUCAGAUGCACAAGGUCGACCAGUGCUGGAUACUCUGUGUUUUUGUUUUUUUUCAAUCAUUUCGCUUUCCCAAGGACUGAUGGGAUAAAAGUACACAGAAAAUAUUAAAGAAAAAUGAAAUUAUCAACUAUAAUGAAUAGAUGUCUGAAGAAAAAACGAGUGUAAGAACUUUUGUUCAUGGCAUGCCAGUUCCAUUCGUGAGAAACGAUUCCUUUGAAUAAGCAUGUCUGGCCUUGAGAAGUCUGUGAGCUGUGUUUUGCUGUUUAUAUACUUUAUGUACAAUAAAGGACUGCAGCUGUGUGAAAUUUGUCCAUUAAGAAAACGAAGGAGCCAAAUGUACCAUUGGAGGGAACUCGCCGCUUCACUGGGAUCCAACACAUGAAUGGAAACCAAUGAAGGUUUGAGGAUGAUCAUAUGGAAAAUGUCCUCCCUGUACUCAGAACUGAAGUAUUACAAAAUUAUUCUUUAUAUGCAAAAGAACGAUCUUACAUUAUGCAGCAGCAGACGUUUGUAUGAGCUAUACUCCAAGUUCAGUUCAACGAGUUCAUGCUUCAGACCGCACAGUGCUGCUGAGUUGAGUGUAUGUGUGUGAAUGUAACUCUGUUCAAAGUGUGUGUUGUGCUUUUCUGCAUCAGUUGUGUUGCA